AUGGGUAAAGGGUUUCAGAAUUUUAUGAGCAAAAAGGAUUUUCAUCCGAGUGCUUGGUGGAAUAUCAGGAAGGUAUGGGAAGCACGUCAAAAAGAUGAAAUGGAGAAAAAACGUCAGGAAGAUUUGCGUGUUGCAUACGAACGUGAGCAAGAUAUACUCAACAAUAAAGCUCUUCUGGGAGACGAAAAGGCGCGUAUGGGUCUUUCGUUUAUGUAUGAUGCACCUCCUGGAAUCAACAGAAAAGAAGAGGACAAACCGGAACCAAAAUUUGAAUGGCAAAGAAAGUAUAAUGCACCGAGAGAAGACUGGGCCAAGAAUAAUGAUGCCAUAACUGAUCAACCUUUCGGCAUACAAGUGCGUAAUGUUCGGUGCGUGAAAUGUCACACUUGGGGGCAUUUGAAUACAGAUCGUGAGUGCCCGCUAUACAACAUGAGUGGAAAUUUCGAAGAUCCUGGAUAUGCAAACAACCCAUCUGAUUUGUUCAAACAACUGCAGAAAGACCGUAUAGAGGGAAAGGUGUCCGAAAAAACAAGACCGAAAGAAACAUUCAAAAGUCGAUCAUCAAAGCAUACGGCUACUACCGUAGAUGAUGAAGAGAAUGGGGAACAGUGGGAAGAGUUAACUUAUGAUCAACUAGCAGAAAAUAUGAAAGAAGAGCAUGGGUUGACCUUAAAAAACAAUGUAUUCCAAAACAUGCGUGCUGAGGAAAGCAUUAUGAAUAUGAGUUCAACCUCAGAGCAGGAAAAAAUGGCAGCAUUUUUCAGUACUCUCAGUGAAAAAGAAAAGCGUAAAUUAACAAAACAGUUACUGUCAGCAACAAGUGGUAAGUAUGAAAAAAAGAAAAAAGAGAAGCGAAUGAAGUCUGAGAAAAAUGGGAAAAAGAAACAUCGAAAGAAAAAAAUUGAUUUCGGUGAGCCGUCGACAUCAAAGACCGUCCAUGAUGAAAAACGGAGAAAAGUUGAAAAAGAUGGAAAACACAAAUCUCAAAUUGGUUCGGAUGGAGAAACAGAUUGGUUUGACGCAGGAGAAUUUCGAGGCACAAAACGGUCGAAAAUUCCAUCUUCAGAGUCAGUGGACAAAGUGAAGAAGACAAGACAUCGAAGUCAUUCACCUUCGCAUCAUAAGAACCACCGCCAUCAAGAUCGGUAA